CCCAGGGAGAGCCUUCCCAUGACCCCCAUGAAGAGAUCGGUGCAAACACAGGUGUCAGAGCCCUUCACGGAGUCCUGGGGUGAGGAGUCCCUGCCGGAGCUCCCCACAGAGCAGUCCCUGACCGAGUACUCUGACCUCGAGGAGGCUCCCUCGGCGCACACUCUCUAUGUGGGCCAUCUGAACCCCCAGUUCUCAGUGCCGGUGCUCGCCUGCCUGCUGCGAGACACCCUGGAGCGGCUGGAGAUGCCGGUGGCGCGGGAGCACAUCGAGGUGGUGAGGCGGCCGCGGAAGGCCUAUGCGCUGGUGCAGGUGACUGUCCGCAGGGACACCCUCGCCUCCCUCCCCUGGCGCCUGCAGACGGCCCUGGAGGAGCACCUAAUCCUCAAGGAGCUGGCAGCCCGUGGGAAGGAGCUGCUAUUGAGUGAGGCCCAAGGGCCCUUCAGCCACAGAGAGGAGGAGGAGGAGGAGGACAGUGGCCUGAGCCCCGGCCCCAACCCAGGCUCUGGCGUCCCGCUGCCCGCCUGGCCUACACACACGCUGCCUGAUAGGCCCCAGGCCUGGCAGCUACAGAGCUGCCAAGGCCGGCCCAGUGGCGUGUGCUCCGACAGUGCCAUUGUGCACCACGAGAUCGUGGGCAAGGACCAGCUCUUCCAGGGUGCCUUCCUGGGCAGCGAGACCCGCAACAUGGAGUUCAAGCGGGGCAGCGGCGAGUACCUGAGCCUGGCCUUCAAGCACCACGUGCGGCGCUAUGUGUGCGCCUUCCUCAACAGCGAGGGCGGCAGCCUGCUCGUGGGAGUGGAGGACAGCGGCCUGGUGCGGGGCAUCCGCUGCAGCCACCGUGACGAGGACCGCGCACGCCUGCUGGUGGACUCCAUCCUGCAGGGCUUCAAGCCUCAGGUCUUUCCCGAUGCCUACACUCUGACCUUCGUCCCUGUGAUCAGCACCUCGGAGACCAGUGUCCCCCUCAAGGUGAUCCGCCUGACCGUGCACACCCCCAAGGCCCAGAGCCAGCCGCAACUCUACCAGACAGACCAGGGGGAGGUGUUUCUGCGGCGCGACGGGAGCAUCCAGGGCCCGUUGUCCGCCAGCGCCAUCCAGGAGUGGUGCAGGCAGAGGUGGCUGGUGGAGCUGGGCAAGCUGGAAGAGAGGGUGAAGGUGCUGACGAUGGAGAAGGAGCAGCUCCAGCAGCAGCUGCAGCAGCACGGGCCUACGUCCUGCACCUGCUGUGUCCUGUGAGGGCCCUGGAGAACAGGCAGGAUGGCGCGGCGCUCUCCACCUGAGACCCAGGAAUUUCCUGUUUGAGCCUAAGGCCAACCCAGUAAAGCCCAUGCAGGCUGCUGAGAGGCGGACAGGGGCUCCUUCAACAUGACACAGGAGCCCAUGUGGCUUCGACCCUGACAGCCCCCAGUCUGUGUAGCCAAGAAAUUGCUCUCAGGCCUGUCCCCAAACGACCUUUCUUUUAGAAAGAACGUGGAUUGUCCCUCUCCCUAAAACGCUCAUUUGGCCCAGGCUGAGGCCUGUGACUCCAGCUGGCUGGACAGUGCCAGAAGGGAAUCUGUCGUUCCAGGAAAGCCCCUCACAGAUGGCGAGGCAUAUUUGGUGACUGUGGUUACAGGGCAAGAGGCCACCCUGUAGCCCCCACCCCUGACUUGCUGGAACUUGUGAUUGUCAAAGCUCCGUUAAUAAAUUACAUGCACCUGG